GCGUCGCAACAGUAAACCGUUAUUAGCUGCCCCUCGUUCAGGUCUCCCAAAUUCCCCCCCUCCGACGGUGGAGGUGCAGCAAAGAAACUUUUCACGUCACUGAGUCGCCUCGAAAGUGAAUCAUCGUCCAUCCGUCCGUCAUCACCAAUGCUCUUAUGCACGUAUGAGACAGACGGCACAUUCUAGUAUUCUUUCUCACUGCAUCUUCGGCCAUUCUCACGCUUGGUGCUCAUACCUGGACGUUUAAUUACGCGAUCCACGUCCCUCGGUGCUGCUUCUCGUUCUAAAUCCCGUCCUCACCAUGACUUCGGCCGAUAGUGUGCGCGUUUUGCUCAUUGGCAACGGAGGCCGCGAGCAUGCGCUUGCGUGGAAGCUCAGCCAGUCACCUCGUGUCGUCUCCAUUCUUGCGGUUCCAGGCAAUGGAGGUACCGCCACCUGUCCCAAGACCACCAAUGUGGAGGAUAUCGCCGCCGACGACUAUCCCGCCCUCGUCCAGCUCGCCAAGGCCCAAUCUGUCAAUCUAGUCGUUCCUGGCCCCGAGGCUCCUCUCGUCGACGGUGUUGAGGCGUACUUCCGUGACGCCGGCAUUCCUUGUUUCGGACCCUCCAAGGAAGCAGCACAGAUGGAAGGAAGCAAAACCUUCUCCAAGGACUUCAUGAAAGAGUACAACAUUCCUACUGCCGCCUACGAGAACUUCUCCGAUUACGAGAAAGCCGUCGCCUACAUUGAGCAAGUGUCACACAACGUCGUCAUUAAAGCCACCGGUCUCGCUGCCGGUAAGGGCGUCAUCAUCCCCGAAACCAAGCAAGAGGCCAAGGAUGCCCUCAAGCAGAUCAUGGUGGACAAGGCUUUCGGCACCGCCGGUGACGAGGUCGUCAUCGAGGAAUUCCUGACCGGCGACGAGUUGAGCAUCCUUACCUUUAGCGACGGCACUCACACUCUGUCUCUCCCUCCCGCUCAAGACCACAAGAGAAUCGGGGAUGGUGACCAAGGUCCCAACACUGGAGGUAUGGGCUGCUACGCUCCGACGACCAUCGCUACCAAGGAGCUCAUCCGCCAGAUCGAAGAGGAUGUGAUCCAGCCCACCAUCACCGGAAUGCGCAAGGCCGGCUAUCCCUUCCGUGGCAUUCUUUUCACCGGCCUCAUGAUCACCAGCCAAGGCCCCAAGGUACUCGAGUACAAUGUUAGAUUCGGCGACCCCGAGACGCAGACUGUUCUUCCGCUCCUCUCUUCCGAAACGGAUCUCGCCGAGAUCAUGAUGGCUUGCACGGCUCACGAGGCCCGCCUUGACUGUGUCGACAUCAAGAUUGAGAACAAAUACAGUGCCACUGUAGUCGUUGCUGCGGGUGGCUACCCUGGCUCCUAUGCAAAGGGUACGCCCAUGGUGGUCAACCAGUCAUCGUCGCCGGAUAUCACUGUCUUCCACGCAGGAACCAAGCUAUCCCCACAGGGCCAACUACAGACUUCAGGCGGCCGUGUUAUUGCAGUCAACGCCACUGCCGACUCUCUCGAAGCCGCCGUGAAGAAGGCGUAUGAGCAAGGUCUCACGCUCAUCGAUUUCGACAAGAUGUACUAUCGCAAGGAUAUUGCCCAUCGUGCCUUCCGGUCGCAGCAGGGAAAGGAAGCUCUGACGUACGCUGGAGCUGGUGUCAGCGUCGAUGCGGGCAAUGAGUUCGUUGAGAGAAUCAAGAAAGCGGUACGCUCCACCAAGCAGCCGGGAGCUGAUGCUGAGAUUGGAGGUUUCGGUGGUGAGCUCGACUUGGCCAAGUGCGGCCUUGGGCUGAAAAAUGGUGAACUUCCCGUCAUCGUCGGAGCUAUUGACGGUGUUGGCACCAAGCUUAUGAUUGCUCAACAAAUGGGCAAGCACGAUACCGUGGGCAUCGACUUGGUCGCCAUGAAUGUCAAUGACCUCGUUGUCCAGGGUGCCAGGCCUCUGAUGUUCUUGGACUACUACGGCUGCAGUAAACUGGAGAUGAGCACGGCUGCUGCCUUUGUCGAAGGUGUUGCGGCAGGCUGCAUCGAUGCCGGAUGUACACUUGUCGGCGGCGAGACUGCUGAGAUGCCUGGAAUGUACCAAAAGGAUGAUUAUGAUGCUGCAGGCUGCGCAGUCGGCGUCAUGAUCAACAGUCAAAGACUGCCGCGUCAAGAUGACAUGGUCGCCGGAGAUGUGCUGCUGGGCUUGGCCUCAAGUGGUGUUCACUCCAACGGCUUUUCCUUGGUCCGCCGCAUUCUUGAACGCGAGGGUCUCGCAUACACCGAUCCUGCUCCGUGGGAUGCUGGCAAGACGGUGGGCGAGAGCCUGCUGACACCCACCAAGAUCUAUGUCAAGAGCUUGCGUGGCGUCAUUGAAAAACGCCUCGUCAAGGGCCUGGCUCACAUCACCGGAGGCGGCUUGAUUGACAAUGUUCCUCGCAUGUUGCCGGAGCAUCUCGCUGCCGAGAUCGACUUGACCAGCUGGGAAAUGCCCGCUGUCUUCAGAUGGCUCAAGACGGGCGGUAACGUGGAACCAUACCAGAUGGUCCGUACCUUCAACACUGGCGUGGGCAUGGUGGCUGCGGUAGAUGCGGCCACGGUUGAUGCUACCAUGGCAGCCCUUGAAGCUGCCGGUGAGAAGGUCCUUCGAUUGGGACAACUGGUGCAGAGGACGGGCAGCGAGCCGCACUGCAGAGUGAUUAAUCUGGAUACUUGGGCAUUGUAGUUAUGAAACAGAGAACGGGAAACGGCAAGGAAAACUGGGAUGGGCGUUAAACAAAAGAGAUAGUUGAAAUAUACCACAUGAUGGUGCAAUAAAGCACAAUCAGAACUGAUAAUUUCU